GUCACAAGUUUGUGGGAUGUUUUUCUUUGUUUAAUUCAAUCGACAAGUUUCUCAAUUUCCCGCCCCCACCUCCUCUUACUCCCCUACCGGUUGAUUCUUUCAUCGGAUUCCGCGUUACGUAGUGGACAAUCAAUUUUCAAUAGGUGGCAAUUGGUUUUUCUUAGAAAUCACAUGGGUGUGUCCAGCAUUAAGAGUUUUCAUGCAGGAUGGGUAAGGGUAAAGGAGGGUGGAACGUGAUGGCGGACAUGAAUCGUAUUACACAAUUGCCACAAGAGCUUUUUAGUUUUGCCAGGAUGCGGUCGUUAAGCCGUUCAUCGGUGUUGACUCUGGCUGCGGGAAUGACUUUCGGCUUUUGUCUGGCUUACAUCUUCCAUUCCAUCCGCUUAAGUCAUUCGCCAUUCUCCCACUUCUACAAAGCUCGUUAUCCGGGAGAUAACGGCGGGGACUCGCAUGGCCACGGUCACGAUCACGGCGAUGUCCACAAUGAGGAGGACAUGGACAAUCUCUCGGGCCCUGUCCACGAUUUCGGAUUGCAUGACAGGCACGAAGACUCACACGCCGGUGGGGACGAAAUCGCGAGAGAGUUGAGCCAAAAAGUUCGCGUUUUAUGUUGGGUCAUGACUGGACCGAAGAACCACCAGAAAAAGGCGAUUCACGUCAAACGGACGUGGGGCCAACGCUGCAACGAGCUCAUUUUUAUGAGUUCUGAAGAAGAUAAGACGUUGCCGGCCGUUGCCUUGCCUGUCGGAGAAGGCCGUGAAAAUCUCUGGGGUAAAACUAGAGAGGCGUACCGACACGUUUGGGAAAAUUAUCGAGAUAAAGCUGAUUGGUUCAUGAAAGCCGACGACGACACUUAUGUCGUGCUGGAGAAUCUCCGUUACAUGCUCUCGACCUACAAUUCUUCGGAGCCGAUAGCAUUCGGCCACAAAUUCAAACCUUUUGUCAAGCAAGGAUAUUUCAGCGGUGGUGCUGGAUAUGUCCUGAGCAAAGAAGCCACGAAAAGAUUUGUCGAGGAAGGAUUGUCAGACUCGUCAAAGUGUAGGGACGAUCCUGGAGGAGCUGAGGACGUUGAAAUGGGCAAAUGUUUGGCUAAUCUAAACAUCAAGGCUGGUGAUAGUCGAGACUCGUAUGGUAGGGGUCGAUUCUUCCCAUUCGUCCCCGAACAUCAUUUGAUUCCAGGACAUGUCACAAAAGACUUUUGGUUCUGGCAGUACAUUUAUUAUCCAGUCAAAGAGGGAUUAGAUUGCUGCUCUGACACGGCGGUAUCUUUCCACUACGUUUCGCCCAACGAAAUGUACGUGCUAGAGUAUCUGAUCUAUCACCUGAAACCUUUCGGCAUCCAAAACCAAUUGCAAGGCACCGCAGCCCCGCCACCCGACCACGAUUUGAAAGCAACUCCAUGGGCGGGUCCAUCGGAUUGAAGUGAAACAAAAACAAAACAAACACAAGUAUCCUACCGAAAUCCAAGUCAAAUAUUGUCUGUGAAUUCUUAACUAGUUUUUGUAUGAAGGCCAAAAAAAAUAUAUUUAUGAAAUAUUUCAUUUAA